CCGGUCCUCAGCCUUGUGAACCAUUAAUAGUUCAUCUCUGCUUCGCCCAGGUUUUUUCUCUGCCUAGUACUCGUGGAGUUUUUUCUACGCUCCCAGGUGUUGUAUUUGGGGCUAAACCAUUACUGAUUGCUGUCACCUUCCUUUGACCUGUGCUCCUUGUGUCUAAUCUUUAACAACUAUCUGACAGUCCUCCUCACUGUCAUCAUGCCUAAGGCCUCCCAUAAGUCUAAACAUUGUCACAAGGCGAGCAGUUCUGAUUCUCACCGUCAUCAUGGAGUUUCUCCUGCUUCUAAUGAGGUCCCCUCUGGAUCUUCUUCCAGACCAGACCCUUCUGGCCCUUCUCAGCCACUCAACAAGGCACCUUCCCGAUUUCUGCCUUCCCGUGCAGAAGCUCGUAGGGACAAGGUCCUAAAGAAGAUUUGCGCCAAGGCCAGCGGCGCUCAGUCAGUAGCCAAGGAGACCCCGUCAGUCUCGACUCGCCCUCCUUCGGGAUCUGAUUCUGCUGCACAAGGGGAUCGCCUUUCCCUUCAGGACUGCCCUGCGGUCAUUGAAACUACUGAUCUAUGGGGCUCGUCUGCGCCUACGGCUUCUGUUCCUCCUCCGGAAUCAUCCCCAGCUCAAACAGCUGAGGAAGCUGUUCCUGCUGGGAUACAACAUCAUUCUUUCCCGUCCACAGAACAGAUACAGCAGAUGAUUGCUGCAGCGGUUCAACAGUCGUUGGCAUCGCACUUUCAGUCCACUAGUAGAGCGGCCUCAGUGCGUUCAGUCGUUUCUCCUCCUCGAGAGGGUAGGGAUCAGGAAGAUGUUUUGUCCAUUGAUGCUCCUGACUCACCGGUGUCUUCUAUGGCCAGCAGAUCCCCUUCACAUGCGGCUGAGGAACCCCAUGACCUGGAACUCUCAGAGGAUGAUGAUCUGCCUCCUGAACAGCCGGCCUUCACGGGUCUUUUUCCCCAGGCCUUGUUCAAAUCCCUACUACAUAAAGCCAUUGCUACAGCCCAGCUUAGCUCCCCUUCGCCAUUGCCAGUUUCUGAUUCUGCACCCAAGGGUACCUUAAACCCUCUCUUCGCUGAACCAGCUAGGACUGUUGAUACCAUUUCUACUCCUCCUUUAUUUCUCGAUGUUAUCAAGAAACAAUGGUCUUCACCGGGUUCGGCCCCGACGCCUACGGCAGCGGAUCGACGAAACUUCAGUAUUGCUCCGGACCUAGAUUCUCUCCUUCAGGUCCCGUCGGUAGACGCUCCCGUGGCGGCCCUCUUACCUCACUCAGUGGUUCCUGGUGAUCCUGAGGAGGGCCUUCGCCCGGAGGAGCGCCGAGCUGAACACGUACUUCAACGAGCUCAUCAGGGUGCUUCAUGGGCCAUCCGAGCAGCUGCUACUGUCUCCUUUUUUAAUCGAACAACGCUGUUAUGGCUUCAACGUUUGCAAGAGUCGUUGACUACGGAGGACAGUCGAAUACAACAGGAUUUAAACAAAAUUAUCGCUGCCACACAGUUCUCGGCGGACGCUACCCUGAACGCCGCUCGCUUUGCGGCCAAAUCUCUAGCGUCUUCAGUUACUGCACACCGUUUAGUUUGGUUACGUCACUGGCAGGCCGAUGCCAGACAUAAAUGGCGCCUGGCAUCUGUUCCUUUCGCUGGCCCCAAACUGUUCGGGGACUCUCUGGAUCCUUUCCUCUCUGAGACAAAGGACAAAAAGAAAUUCCUCCCAGUCGUCUUUUGCAGGGGGGAUUCCAGGUUCCGCCCGUACACUCCUCGCCCCCAAUCUCGCCCGUAUGACCGAUCUCCCUUCUCCCCUUCCCUCCCUAGGUCACAGGGGAAUUUCCAGCCCAGACAACGGGGCGGUCAGGACAGAUCUUCUAGAGAGAGUGGUGGUGACAAUGGACGCCAGUCUCCAGGGCUGGGGUGCACAUUGUCGGGGUCACCUGGCUCAGGGCGUCUGGACCUCUGUCGAGUCCCGUCGCUCCAUCAACUGGUUGGAACUCCGAGCGAUCUACCUAGCACUUCGGACUUUUCAUCAUCUCGUGUCCAACUCCCACGUCCUGGUCCUCACGGACAAUAUCACAGCGAAGGCCCAUGUCAACCAUCAGGGGGGCACCCGUUCUCUUUCUCUAAUGUCGGAGGCGUUGCGGUUGGGACUCUGGUCGGAGAUCCAUCUGGCGUCGUUACGGGCGGAACACAUCUCCGGUGUCACCAAUCUGCAAGCCGACUGGCUCAGCCGUCAGCGUCUAGAUCAUGCGGAGUGGCGUCUCAACCCUCGUCUCUUCCACCAAAUCACGACGCGUUUCGGGAUGCCGGUGCUCGACCUCUUUGCCACGUCGGACAAUGCUCAGCUACCGCGGUUUAUCUCACGGUUCCCGUCGGCUCAGGCAGAGGCAGUCGAUGCUCUUCGCUCCCCGUGGCCCCCGGGGCUCCUAUAUGCCUUUCCUCCGGUUUCUCUUCUCCCUCGUGUGAUUCGCAAGUUGUUGAUGGAACAGGCGGAGAUCAUUCUGGUGGCUCCACAUUGGCCACGCAGACCUUGGUUUGCGGACCUAGUGUCGUUGUCGAUAACUCAACCUUGGCAGUUACCUCAGCCUCAGGACGCUUUAACCCAAGGGACCUUGAGGCAUCCAGAUCUACAGUGGCUCCGUCUGACCGCCUGGCGAUUGAGCGGCACGUGCUUGGGGAGGUCAGCAUCCCUGCAGACGUGAUUUCCAUUAUUCAGGCGUCAAGAAGGCCGUCGACCGACCGGAUUUAUUCGGCUACUUGGAAGUCCUUCUGUGCCUGGUGUGAUCGGGCUGGAGUUCCUCCCCUCCAGGCCUCGAUCGUUAAUAUUCUCGUUUUCUUACGGGAAGGCCUCCGCAAAGGACUGUCACCCAACACAUUGCGGAGACAGGUCGCGGCGAUUUCAUCAGUCCUUACCUUUGGAUCCUUAUCCUCUUUGUCACAACACCCUUUAAUUCGCCGAUUCCUACGAGGGGCUACGAACCUUUGCCCUCCCGUGUUGCACAGGUAUCCUACUUGGGACCUUUCCAUUGUUCUAAAUUCCCUUACGUCAGCCCCAUACGAACCUUUGCGCACAACUAGCCUCCGCCUCUUGACAUGCAAAGUCGCCUUUUUGGUUGCAAUCACCUCGGCCCGGCGCAUUUCUGAAUUGGCCGCCCUUUCAAUUCGGGAGGACCUCUGUGUGUUCCAUGCUGACCGUGUGGUUCUCCGCCUGGACCCAACCUUUGUACCCAAGGUUAAUACCACCUUUCAUCGAAUGCAGGAACUUAUACUGCCCAACUUUUGUCCUCACCCGACUCACAGGCUCGAACGACGGUGGCAUUCCUUGGAUGUCCGACGGGCCCUGCGGAUCUAUAUUAAACGGACGGCACGUCUCCGUAAAACGGAAUCCCUCUUUGUCUCUUUCCUACCGGUAUCCUUGGGCUCCAAGGUGUCUUCAUCGACUGUUGGUCGUUGGAUCCGUCAGACGAUAGCCAAGGCUUAUGAAUUACAGUCUCUCCCGAGACCUCCUCGACUGACUGCGCAUUCUACCCGCAGCGCUGCAACAUCGGCAGCCUGGGCUACUCAGGCCUCAUUGCUCGAAAUAUGCAGAGCGGCUACAUGGACAUCGCCUUCUCCAUUCAUUCAACACUAUAAGUUGGACAAAUUUGCUUCGGCAGAUGCUGCCUUUGGUCGUAGAGUGUUACAGCGGGUAGUCUCCGGGGAGGGUACUUCGGACCAGACUGGUCCCACCCGACUGUAGGGACGUGGAUCUUUGGUAUGUCCCAUCCUGGCUGCUGUCUCCACCCACAAUGGAGAA